AUGAAUCCAACUACUCCUCUCACUGAGGACACUCUCAACGACCUUCCUCCUGAAACCCCUCAUCAGGAAGCUCAAAGAUGUACGAGAAACUCUCCCUGCAGAUUGCUAGGAUGGGCAAUUUGCCCCACACCCACCAACCAUGUUCGUUUACGUUAUUUGGACGGACCUUGUUCAACUUGGAGUCAUGAAAGUGAAAACAGUUCCUUGUACACGGAUGUAUGCAAUGUUAUGUACCAGCAUACAACAGGAGAAGGAUGCCCCAGCUAUCAUUUAAGAUCUGGAGAAGAACCAAGAAGAAUAAAUCUAGAAAGUAUGCAUGAGGCUUUGCUAAAUAUUGAUAAAAGUAGAGGGCUGAAGUGUUCCUCUUCAAGUAGUUGUGUCAGGUUUACUCAAGCAAAAGAGAAGAAAAAUGUUCAAGUUUCUGUUUUCUGUUCCCAAGGAAAAUCUAACAUUAAAGAGGGCUGCUUCUCAAAGAAUGUAUUUUCAGGGCUGCUUCUCAAAGAAUGUUUUUCAGGGCUGCUUUUUAAAGAAUGUAUUUUCAGGGCUGCUUCUCAAAGAAUGUAUUUUCAGGGCUGCUUCUCCAAGAAUAUAAAAAUGUAG